AUGGCCCUAACCAUGCAGAAAAGCCCUCGCAACCCAGACGACUUUCCCACCAUUCAGCUCUUCCUCCUUGCGAUUGUUCGUCUCGCCGAGCCCAUCGCUCUCACAUCCAUCUUCCCCUACGCCUGGGCCCUCGUCAAGAGAUUCGAAAUCGGCAACGCUGAAGAUGCAUCCUUCUACGCCGGCCUCCUCAUCUCCUCCUUCUCCCUCGCGGAGGCCCUGAUGGGCAUGUACUGGGGCGGUCUCUCUGACCGUAUCGGAAGAAAACCCGUACUUCUCCUGGGAUGCGUCGGCACAAUGUUCAGCAUGGUCAUGGUCGGCUUCGCCUCCAACAUCUGGAUUGCUCUGGCUGGCAGAGCUAUCGGCGGUCUUCUUAACGGCAACAUCGGCGUCAUCCAGACCAUGGUUGGUGAAUUGGUCACCAAGCCUGAGCAUGAGCCCCGCGCUUUCUCGGUCAUGCCCUUCGUGUGGUCUAUUGGCACAAUCAUCGGUCCCUUUAUUGGCGGUACCUUUGCCGACCCCCACGACGCCUUUCCCAGCAUCUUCCCCGUCGACGGCAUGUUCUACCGCUACCCGUACCUUCUGCCCAACCUCGUCUGCGCCGGUCUCCUGCUCGUCAGCAUCAUCCUGGGUUACUUGCUCCUCGAGGAGACUCACCCCGACAUGCAGCCUCGCGUCUUCAUGCCCGACGACACAUACGCUUCCGAGGAGACUCCCCUACUGGAGACCUCGGAUGCCAUGAAGAGACCUGCCGUUGACCUGAGAGAUGACAACUAUGGAACUGUCCGCGGUCGCAGCACGCAGACCCCCGCGAAGAAGGCCGACCAGUCCUACAACAUCUACACCAAGCCCAUCAUGUCGCUGAUUCUGGCGCUGUGCAUCUUCACCUACCACUCAAUGACCUACGACCAUCUCUUGCCCAUCUUCUUCGAAGACGACCGCGCCACUUCCCCGAUCACCGUUCUUACCGACGCUUCGAGCCCCUUCUACACCCCUGGCGGCUUGGGUCUCUCGCUCCGCGCCGUAGGCAUGAUCAUGGCGGUGAACGGUGUCAUUGCACUCUUCGUGCAGGCCGUCAUCUUCCCAUUCGCCGCUGAGAAGUUUGGUGUCUACCGACUUUUCAUCAUCGUCACCGUCCUGCACCCGAUCGCCUACGUCAUGGUCCCGAGCCUGCUGUUCCUUCCCGAGUCGCUUAUAUACGCCGGCAUCUACUUCUGCUUGGCUGUCCGCAACGUCCUUUCCAUCAUCUUGUACCCUCUGCUCCUCAUCUUGAUCAAGGAGGUCACUCCCACUCCCAAGGCCCUGGGCAAGGUCAACGGUCUCGCCGCUAGCGCCGCCGCUGGCUUCCGCAUGAUCGCUCCGCCUGUUGCCGGAUGGCUGUACACUUUCGGAAGCAAGGUUGAUUGCACGGCUUUGGCAUGGUAUGGCAGUGCCGUCGUUGCUGUAAUUGGUGCUAUCCAGUGCUUCUCCGUGAAGCGUGAGCGCAAGUUGGAUGUGAGCGAGGAGGACGCCCAGCCUUGCUUGCAGAAGAAGGAAUCCCGAGUCAGCAUCAGGGAGGUGUUCUCGGACGAGGAAUGA